UUCCAAUCUUUCGCCAUCACUUACUUUCAUCUUCUCUUCUUCCCUCUUACAUUGUUGCAUACAUAGAUAUUUAGCUUAUUCAUAAUGAGUAGCAAAAUAUCCCAUAAAUAUCAUAGUUAUGAAUACGGGUCUACCUCAUUUCUGCUAGUAGUACUCAUCCUUUUCAUCACUACAACCACAUUGUACAUUCAUGGUGUCGAAGCGUCCCACGACUUUCAUUAUAAUCUUCAGUCUGUUGAGGCUGAGAACGUAUCGCAACUGCACAGAACUAGCUACCACUUUCAGCCUAAACAAAACUGGAUUAAUGAUCCAAAUGCGCCAAUGUAUUACAACGGAAUCUAUCAUCUUUUUUACCAAUACAAUCCCAAGGGUGCAGUAUGGGGCAAUAUUGUAUGGGCUCAUUCGGUAUCGACUGACUUGAUCAACUGGAAAGCACUUGAGCCUGCCAUCGUUCCUUCCAAGCCAUUUGAUCAAUACGGGUGCUGGUCCGGUUCAGCAACUAUUCUUCCUGGAAACAAGCCUGUGAUACUCUACACUGGAAUCACAGAAGGGCCGCCAAAAAAUGUACAAGUUCAAAACUAUGCUAUUCCCGCCAACCUGUCUGAUCCUUAUCUCCGGGAAUGGAUCAAGCCUGACAACAACCCUUUAGUCGUUGCCAACAAUGGCGAAAAUGGCACGGCCUUUCGGGACCCCACCACAGCAUGGUUGAGCAAAAGUGGAUAUUGGAAAAUGUUGGUGGGUAGCAGGGACAAUGACACUGGAAUUGCUUAUUUGUACAAAAGUAAAGAUUUUGUGAAUUGGACUAAGGCGAAAGACCCGAUUCAUUCCAAGCCCGAGACUGGAAUGUGGGAAUGUCCUGAUUUUUUUCCAGUGUCAUUGAAGGGUGUGAAUGGAUUAGAUGCAUCGGUUACAGGAGAAGGUGUUAAGCAUGUACUAAAGGUUAGCUUGGAUGUCACAAGGUACGAGUAUUACACUGUUGGAACUUAUGUUACUGAAGAGGAUAGGUAUGUUCCGGAUAAUACAUCGGUUGAUGGUUGGGCUGGGUUGAGGUUGGAUUAUGGAAACUUUUAUGCGUCCAAGUCUUUCUUUGAUCCGGCUAAGAAUCGGAGAGUUAUAUGGAGUUGGGCUAAUGAAUCUGACACUGCUGCACAUGAUGUUGCAAAGGGAUGGGCCGGAAUUCAGUUGAUUCCACGAACAAUUUUACUGGAUCCAAAUGGAAAACAGUUGAUGCAGUGGCCAGUUCAAGAAUUAGAAACACUGAGAGGGGCAAAAGUUGUAUUAACUGAUAAACAAAUGCUCGUUAUGGGGCAUCGUAUUGAAGUUAAUGGAAUAACAGCUGCACAGGCCGAUGUUGAGGUGACAUUCUCAUUUGGAAGCUUGGAGAAAGCUGAGCCAUUUGAUCCAGAAUGGCUAGAAUAUGAUGCUCAAAAGAUUUGCAGCCUCAAGGGUUCUACAGUUCAAGGUGGAGUUGGCCCAUUUGGUCUCUUAACACUGGCAUCACAAGAGCUAGAAGAAUACACUCCUGUCUUCUUCAGAGUUUUCAAGGCACAAAACACGCAUAAAGUCCUCAUGUGCUCUGAUGCAACACGGUCCUCGUUGACGGAAGGAUUGUACAGGCCAUCAUUUGCAGGUUUUGUGGAUGUUGAUAUAGCUGCUGAUAAGCAAAUCUCUCUUAGAAGCUUGAUUGAUAAUUCGGUUGUUGAAAGUUUUGGAGCUAGAGGAAGGACAUGCAUCUCAUCCAGGGUGUAUCCAACACUAGCAGUUUAUGAGAAUGCUCAUUUAUAUGUCUUCAACAAUGGCUCAGAGACUAUUACCGUAGAGAAUCUGGCUGCGUGGAGCAUGAAGAAGCCCUUGCAUAUGAACUAAAGUAACGGAGGAAGAAGAAAAAGAUGAAAUCUUGCACACUUUUUUUAGGUUUUUAAUCGGGGACCAGUCUCGUUAAACUAGUGGUUCGAUGCUAGAGUUCUCGCCGUAAUAUGUAAUGUACUGGUAGUGAUAUAAGCAAGUUAUAUUGUCUAAUGUCUCUCUUGUAUUUCCUCUCUACACCUGCUCUGGUGCUCUUAAUUAACGUCAAUAAAUGUGUUUAGCUUGUGAAAGAA